AUGAGGAGGAUCGAUCCCGCCCUACGCCCAUGCGGUUCUGCGGUCCUAGGUGGGUUUGAUAUGAACAAGCAGGGCGAGCAAGCCGCGAACUUUGAUACCUUCGCCGCCACGCUGCGCUCGCACUUUGCGGCCGACAAGUCCAAGGUCUACUUCCUCUCCGCCGCGCCCGGCUGCUCCUACCCUGACAAAUCCGUUCACCCGGGGUACCUCGUGCAGAGCAACUUUGUCUGGCCGAGGUUUUACGAUGACCCCGAGUACGGCAUCGCAUCCGUCCGCGACAGCACGGCAUUCCAAACAAGGAUUUAUAUCGGCUUGUCGGCGAGACUGGACACUGUUUUUGGGUUGUUGGGGCCGCCUGUGCGGGAGAAGCUUUGGGGCGUCAUGCUUGCCCCGGAUAAUGGAGCUGGGGGGAUGGUGACUGGGUUGUUGGUGUUGAUCAAGGAGUUUCUGAGGCUUCGGCUUAAGUGCGCCGGCAAGAGGGAGGUGGUGGGGUGA